AUGAGCACAUAUGAGCUCACGGACGCUCACCGAGCCAAGUUCGAAUCAGAUGGCUACCUCGUCCUGCCAAACUUUGUCGAGCCGGCGCAGAUUGCAAAGCUACUUGAGCAAGCUCGCAAGCUCCUCGCCGACUUCUCGCUUGAAGGUCAUCCCAUGACCAAGUUCACGACGGACGAGGAAGGGGAAGGUGGCAAAGACAAGCAUGUCGGCGAUGAUUACUUCUUGACAUCCAGCGAUAAGAUCCGAUUCUUCUUCGAGGCAGACGCUUUCGAUGCGCAAGGCAACCUCACACGUCCCAAGGAGGAAGCAAUCAACAAGAUUGGCCAUGGCCUACAUGAACUUGACCCGGUCUAUCGUCCCUUUUCGCUCGAAAACGACCGGAUCAAGUCUCUUGCUAAAUCGCUACAAUACCACCAUGAUCCCUUGAUGCUGCAGUCGAUGAUUAUCUGUAAGCAACCGAGGAUAGGGGCCAAAGUGCCUGUGCAUGACGAUUCGACAUUUCUAUAUACGGAUCCGCCGAGCGCAAUUGGAUACUGGUUCGCUCUGGAAGAUUGUCAUCUCAAGAACGGCUGCUUGAGCUUCCUACCCGGCUCGCACAAGCGCAAUGCCCACUUGCAACGCUUUGUCAGACUACCAGAGGGCGGCACAGGCUUCGAAGCGGUUCCCGGUGCACGCGAUAGCAACCCCGAUUGGUCAGCACCGGGCGAACGCUGGGUCACCGAAGAAUGCAAGGCGGGCACGCUCGUACUCAUUCAUGGUAGCGUGAUACACAAGUCCGAAGCCAACCUAUCCGAUUCGUCGAGGUUCAUCUACACUUUUCAUAUGAUCGAGGGCGGUGCAAAGUACGACGAGAAGAACUGGCUGCAGCCCACCCCGGCUCUGCCAUUCUCCAAGCUGGUCAUCUUAUCAGACGAGCCAAGAAUGUCGUUUGGCGACGAGCCUCGUGUCUCCACGCCCGACAAAGGGUCCCGUGGCGAGCAACAAUCAAUCACCGUUCGCGCAACUAGGGAGCGAGCGAGCUCGAAAGUACAGACGCUCUCGACCGAUGUCGUCAUCUAUGAAGGCUCAAUCACUUUGCCCAUGAUUCGCAUUGGGGUUUCUGUCGGCGCGCUACCGCUACGUGCGUAUGCGCGAGUCUCACAGCCCUGCCAGACGCUCCGAUUGAGUAUUGCUGCUAUGCAGAGUACAGGAUUGACCCCAAGUUCGGGUUCGUACAACAUACCAGCGCCUCACUCGAAAGCCAUGCUGUUCCUGAAGCCGCGUGCAGCGACUUACGAGCUCAUCAGCCAAAUAGUCACGCUUCGCUGCCGGCGCAGCGGUGCACUCUGCGAGAGAAUCUUGUUGGCCAGCUUCGGACUGCCGUGUACUCUGAUGACAGGCUCUUGUGCUGUCGGGCAAGGCCGGGGUAGCUCAAAGAUAUCGUUCUGA